CUCAACUGCAGGUCAGCAGCCCACACAGACAAUUAACGUUAGAUAGUUUAAUAAAGCCAUAAUAUCUGGCUAAGUUACAUCAAAAAGAUUUCGGAGCUGAAUAAUUUACUACGGAGCUGAAUCGUCUGAAGUCGGACCUGAGGAUACAGCACAUGCCAUGGCCUCUGUGUAUCCGAGCCAACCUAGCCAAAGCAGGGACAAUGAAUCCAAAGAGCAAAAGUGUCCAGAACUACAGAGCUCAGCCAUCUUAUCAAGGCCUCCAGUUUGUGUUCAAGAUGCACAGGCUGUGCUGAAGAGACCCGCAAGACGAAAAGAACCCAGUCUCCGCCAUUUAAAAGCCCGUCAGUGGAUGUAUUUUCCAGGCUGGUACACAAAGUCACCUUCCCCUCAGCAAACAGAGCAGCCACACAUGCACAGAAAACAACUGCCUGUCUACUUACCUCCUCUGCAAUACACAACCAAGUUCUCCAAGGAUGUGGCGUCAACCCCUAGUGUCCCCAGAUGGCCUUAUUCCAUUAUGACUGAUGGGCAGUUGGAUCCUGCCUCCAAAGUUCAAACUCAGUACAGGCCUAAGGAUACAGCACAUGCCAUGGCCUCUGUGUAUCCGAGCCGACCUGGCCAAGAGUCUAAAGAGCGGCAGCACAAAAUCCCUGAACUGCAGAGCCCAACCUUCCAACCAAGGCCUCCGGUCUAUGUUCAAGAUGCACAGGCUGUGCUGAGGCAGAAACAUCCCAGUCUCAGAGAACAACUGCCUGUCCACUUACCUCCUCUGCAAUCCACAUCCAAGGAUGUGGUGUCAACCCCUAGUGUCCCCAGAUGGCCUUUUUCCAUAAAGAGUGGCAGGCAGCUGAAUCGUCCCUCCAAAGUUCAAAUGGAUGAGUACAUGAGUUUGAGCAGCCAUGGAGGUGUGUUGUCAGUGUGUGAGGAAAAGUAUAACUACCACAACCAGCUGAUCUGCAUCCCGUUCUUUGCCCUCUUCAAAAAGUGGAAACCCUUCUAUGUCUGGCGCACCAAAGUUCGCUCCAAAAAGAUUUUUUUGGCCAAGGAGUUCCUCCAAAACCACUUGUUCAUUGUCAGCCAGUCUCUAAGUCCUGCACUGAUAGACAUCAGGAAAAUGUGUUACCAAAUCAUCGACACAGGCUUGUGUCACAUGGAGCUAAAACGCACUUACACACUGCAGGAGUUCCAGGACAUCCAGUUCAACCAACUGCAAGAGGUGUUGACAGACUUGGAGAAGUUUCAGGACCUGGUAAAGGAGUUGGCAGCAUGUGCCUGUCGCAACUACUUGUCAGAACCGCGAUCCACAUCCGAUAACUCAAAUGAUCAAAAGGGCAAGACUGUUCUUUCAGAGAUCAACAAGACUGUUCUCUCGGGCCGCCUCAUGUGCUUCAUCCGUCUUGUUGACUAUUUGGUCCUCAACACCUUGCACGUGUUGGUGGUGAAUGCCGUGACCAAACUAUUGGCUGUGCUUCAGGAGCAGGUAGGUCAAACGCCCAGCCAUGCCGAUAUUCAGAGCUGGAGCCAGCUCUCUGAGGCUACCACUGACCCUGCGGAAGACAUGGAUAAGAAGUCAGAAAUCUCCCAUCUGCAGCCCAUGUUCAUCUCUGAGCUGAUGCUGGACACAGUUACUUUGACCUACAAACCUUCUGAGGAGAACUUUCAAAAGACUGUUGCAGAGAUCAUUGGGCAGUUUGAGAAAACAGUCAUGUCAGUUAAUACACUCAUGGCUGAUCCGGAGUCCACAGAGUAUGAGAAAUCGGAAAAUAGAUAUGACCAUGGUGCCCGUUUGGAAUCCAUCAUAGACAAUGAUGGCCACCUUCAAAGUAUCAUCCAAAACAUCAGGGAAUCACUCCACUUUGCCUUUGAUGCAGCAAAAGUGUAUGCACACACAUUGGAGCGUUUUCGGCUAUUCUAUAAAGAGAAUGAGGGUCUUGAUCUGGAUGCAAUGCAGCAACAGGAUCAUGGUUUGUCCUUUUUUGGAAAAGCACUGGAGUCAUACCACAGUGAGCAUAGGCAAGCCUUAGCCAUCCAACAGACAAGGCAUCUAGGCUUACUGCUUGUGGACAAAACACAGCUCAAAGAGAAGCUUGUGGCUUCCCCACUCCGCUGUCUGGAGGUCAUCAACGAGAUGCUUACACGGCUGGCUAAGAGGAAGCUAGAUGCUGUCAUUGCAGAGGCUUGUGAAGCCCAGUUUAAACUAGAGUUCAGUCCCUCCACUACAGCUGAGUUAGCCAACUCCCUCACAUUCCUGGAUGAGAUACAGGAGAGGAUUACGGUGCUAGAAGAGGAGCAGGAGACAGUAUGUCAGAUGUAUAAUCUGAUUAACAUGUACUCAGUUCCCACGCCACCUGAGGAUCUGUUUGUUUUUGCCACCUUGCAACCCUCCAUUGACUCAUUGCAAAGCCUCAUCGAUAAGGCAGUGCUGGAAAGGGAGCCCAGCGUGGAAACUUUUUGCAGCUCCCUGCAGAAGGGCAUAAAGGAGCUGGACCGUGAGGUCAUGAAUAUAAAGCUUAUGUCACAGGAUCCACAAAUCCUAGACAUCAAUGCAGAUUCUACCCAAGUGCGCCUGCUGCUGGAGGAGCUCCAGAUUUCCAUAGAUGAGCUGCUGGCCCAGGCCUCCGCCUACACCUCCUACCAGAAGAAAUUCAAGGUGGAGGUGACCAGGUUCGACACCCUGGAAGACCUAACUGCAGAGUUUAGGCUGAAGCAGCUGCUGUGGAACUCUCUAGAGGAAUGGGACUCUUUACAAGAUGGAUGGAGGCAGAGAACACUUGAGCAGCUGGAUCUAGAGCAGUUCAGUUCACAGGUCAACAAAUAUGGCAAAUACGUCAAACAGCUGCAGAAGGGCCUGCCACGUAACGAUGCAGUGGCAAGUCUUAAGGACAAGGUGGAAGUCAUGAGGCAGAGGCUGCCUGUGAUCACUGAUCUACGUAACCCAUGUAUGAAAGCCGAGCACUGGAAGACUCUGGAGUCCAUUGUGGGGACCUCCCUGAAUGUGGAGGAGCUUACUUUGGCUGCUUUAGAGGAGGUCAACAUCUUCUCCUAUGGCAUGGAGAUACAGGAGGUGUCAGGACAGGCUUCAGGAGAGGCAUCAGUGGAGAACCUUGUUACAAAGGUGGAGAACGUUUGGAAGACCGCAGAGUUCACUGUGCUGUCUCACUGUGACUCCAAAGACGUCUUCAUCUUGGGAGGCACGGAUGAAAUCCAGGUACUCCUGGAUGACAGCAUUAUCAAUAUGGGCACGGUGGCAUCUUCUCGCUACGUUCGUCCCAUCAAGUGCAGGGUGGACAAAUUGCUGGGACAGCUGACUCUCUUCAGCAAAACACUGGAUGAGUGGCUUACGUGCCAAAGGAACUGGCUAUACUUAGAAAGUAUCUUCUUGGCCCCAGACAUCAAGAGGCAGCUGCCUGCUGAGUCCAAAAUGUUUCUUAAGGUGGACAAGUCCUGGAAGGAGAUCAUGGCAAAGGUCAACAAGAUGCCCUGUGCCUUUAGAGCAGCCACACAGCCUGAUCUGCUGAAGACCUUUCAGCACAACAACGCUCUUUUGGAUGAGACACAGAAUUGUCUGGAAGCCUACCUGGAGUCCAAGAGGGUCAUCUUCCCCAGGUUCUACUUCUUAUCUAAUGAUGAGUUGCUGAAGAUCUUGGCCCAGACAAAAAAAACCCAGGCGGUGCAGCCGCAUCUUAGGAAGUGUUUUGAUGCCAUUGCGCGGCUAGAUUUUGCUUUGCUGCCCAAAGAGUCUUCUGGUGCCACAGAAACUGCGCUAGACGAUGAAGAACAGGAGAUGGUCUAUAGCAAAGACAUCCUUAACAUGGUUUCUCCUGAGGGAGAGAAGGUGGGUUUGACUAAAGGUCUGAAGGCACAAGGCAAUGUGGAAGCUUGGCUUUGCAAGGUGGAGGAGGCUAUGUUCACCUCACUGCGACGCCUCAGCAAGGCUGCCAUUGCAGACUACCAGGUGAAGACUAGAGAGGAAUGGGUGGUAGCUGGACAUCCCUCGCAGGUGGUGCUGACCAUCUCACAGAUGAUGUGGUGCAGCGACAUGGAUGCCUGUCUGGAGGGAGACCACGACCACUUUGCUGCCCUGCAGAAAUUUGAACUCGCUAACUUUGACAGGCUGAAUGCCCUUGCAGCACUGGUACGAGGACAGCUGCCUACUUUACAACGUAAUAUCAUCACUGCCCUCAUCACCAUAGACGUCCAUGCCAGAGACAUUGUCACAGAUCUAGUCCGCCAGAAGGUGGAUACCAGCUCUAACUUUGAAUGGCAGAGACAGCUACGCUACUACUGGGACUUGGACCUGGACAACUGUGUAGCCAAAAUGGCUCUGUCGACUUACAUUUAUGGCUAUGAAUACCUGGGAGCCUGUCCGAGACUGGUUAUCACACCACUCACGGACCGUUGCUAUUUGUGUCUGAUGGGGGCUCUCCAGUUAGACCUGGGAGGAGCUCCAGCUGGGCCAGCAGGGACAGGCAAAACAGAGACCACCAAGGACUUGGCUAAGGCCCUGGCCAUACAAUGUGUGGUCUUCAACUGCUCUGAUGGACUUGACUACAAGAUGAUGGGGCGCUUCUUUUGCGGGCUUGCUCAGUCGGGCGCUUGGUGUUGUUUUGACGAAUUUAACCGAAUAGACAUUGAAGUGUUGUCUGUCAUCGCUCAGCAGCUCAUAACCAUACGAAAUGCCAAAGCUGCUAAGGUGUCUAGGUUUCUAUUUGAGGGCCAGGAGAUUAAGCUGGUGGUGACGUGUGCUGCAUUCAUCACCAUGAACCCAGGCUAUGCUGGAAGAACAGAGCUACCUGACAACCUUAAAGCUCUCUUUAGACCCAUUGCCAUGAUGGUGCCGAACUACGCACUAAUUGCUGAGGUGAUUUUGUACUCAGAAGGAUUUGAGUCCAGUAAGACCUUAGCGAGGAAAAUGACCCAGAUGUACAAGCUGUGCUCUGAGCAGCUGUCCCAGCAGGACCACUACGACUUUGGCAUGAGAGCCGUCAAGUCUGUCCUGGUCAUGGCUGGGUCUUUAAAGAGAGAUAACCCCCACCUCAGUGAGGAUGUGGUUCUUAUCAGAGCCCUGAGAGAUUCCAACCUCCCAAAGUUCCUCGUUGAUGAUGCUGUGCUGUUUGGUGGUAUCCUGUCAGACCUCUUCCCUGGUGUGUGUAUCCCCAAACAUGACUACGGUGUGCUACAAUCCACAAUCCUGGAGUCUCUGGUUAAGCGAAACCUGCAGCCUCUGGCUAGCAUGACCAAGAAGGUGAUCCAGCUAUAUGAGACCAUGUUAGUGCGUCACGGUGUCAUGUUGGUGGGGCCUACAGGUGGAGGCAAGACCACUGUCUACACCAUCCUGGCGGACGCACUGGAGACCCUCCAUCACACUGAGCACAAGGCUAACAGCCCCUUCUAUCAACCUGUCAAGACCUAUGUUCUCAACCCAAAAUCUGUCACAAUGGGAGAGCUCUACGGAGAGGUUAACACAUUAACACUGGAGUGGCGUGACGGGCUGAUGGCGCUGAGUGUCCGUGAUGCAGUUAACGACACCAGUGACCACCACAAGUGGGUGAUCUGCGACGGGCCAGUUGACGCCCUGUGGAUUGAGAACAUGAACACGGUGCUGGAUGACAACAAGAUGCUCUGUUUGGCUAACAGCGAGCGAAUCAAACUUACUCCAUCCAUUCAUAUGGUGUUUGAGGUACAGGACUUGGCUGUAGCAUCUCCAGCCACAGUCAGCCGCUGCGGGAUGGUAUUUAUUGACCCUGAGGAGCUCAAGUGGAUGCCUUAUGUCCAGACAUGGAUCAGUGGUCUGACCAAGCUCCCAGACCCAGUGCGAACAUACCUGCUGGAGCUGUUUGAGCAGUAUGUGGAGAACGGUCUUCAGUUCGUCUGGAAGCAUUGUAUCCAGGCUAUUCGCCAGGUGGACAUUAGUAAAGUCACCACUCUUUGCUCCCUGCUAGAGGCACUACUGCUGGGUGAAGGAGGGCCAGACCUUAAAAUGGAUUCCACGGAUCUCAACAGCGUAUUAUGUCAGACCUUUAUAUUUUGCUAUCUGUGGGCAGUAGGCGGCAACCUGACCACUUCAUACUGGGAUGCUUUUGAUACUUUUGUCAGAGAGCAGUUUGAAGACAACAGCAAUGCUAUGCUCCCGAAGUAUGGUACCCUGUGGAAUGUCUACAUGAACUUUAACUUCAAGCUCCUGGCACAAUGGGAGUUGAUAAUCCCUUCAUUUAAAUACAAUCGGGAGCAGCCCUUUUUUGAGAUGCUGGUCCCUACCACAGACACUGUCCGCUAUGGCUACCUGAUGGAGAAACUGCUAUCUGUGCGACGUUCUGUACUCUUCACUGGUGACACUGGAGUGGGCAAGUCAGUGGUGGCACGGGGCCUUCUUAACAGUAUCCAGGAAAGUGCAGGAUACCUUCCGGUCUACAUCAACUUCUCGGCUCAGACCUCCUCCGCCCGCACGCAGGAGAUCAUUGAGUCCAAACUAGAGAAAAAGAGGAAGAACAUUCUGGGUGCUCCUGGUAACAAGAAGUUAGUGGUCUUUGUGGAUGACCUGAAUAUGCCUAAGCUGGACAGUUAUGGCUCUCAGCCCCCUAUAGAACUCCUGCGUCAGUUCCAGGACUUUUCUGGCUUCUAUGACAGAAACAAGUUCUUCUGGAAGGAGAUCCAGGAAAUGACCAUUGCUGGAGCGUGUGCUCCUCCAGGAGGAGGGCGCAAUCCAGUGACCCCCCGGUUCACCCGCCACUUCAGCAUGCUGUGUCUUCCCACACCUUCGGAACACAGCCUCAAGCGGAUCUUCAAAGCCAUCCUGAACGGUUUCCUUAGUGAGUUUUCCCAGGCGGUGAAGGACUGUGCCGGUCAGAUUGUGGAUGCUGCUGUUGAGAUUUAUGACCGUUUGAGUGUGGAUCUGCUGCCCACUCCAGCUAAGUCCCACUAUGUCUUCAAUCUCCGGGACCUCUCCAAGUGUGUGCAAGUCCUCUCUUCCUUUACCCAGAAGACAUCCAUAUUGCACAAAGAUGAGAUCAAGUGGCUUCUACGACCACGUGCUUAA